AUGGAUUAUCUAGCUUCCGUUUUUGCUAUUCUUCAUGUAUACAAAGCUCUGGGUGAGGAGGUGUUCUGGGACACAACGAUUAAAUUUGCUGAGAAUAUGACUCUAGAAUGUAUGUAUCCGUCGAGGGACACCUUAACCCAAGUGGAGUGGUUCAAGAUCAAUGCAACGAAGAAAGUGUCCAUUGCAAUUUUCAACCCUACUUAUGGUGCCAUCAUAAGAGAGCCCUAUGCUGACAGAGUCUACUUCUUAAAUUCAACCGUGGCUCCCAAUGACAUGACCAUUUCCUUUUAUAAUGCCUCUGAAGCUGACGUUGGCUUCUAUUCCUGCUCUCUUUACACGUUUCCAUCUGGACCUUGGGGGAAGGUUAUACGAGUGGUUCAGACAGAUAGUUUUGAGACAGCUGUGUCAUCCGCUAACCACCUGGUCUCAAAACCUGGAAAGAACAUCACACUCACCUGUCAGUAUCAGAGCAAGCAGCCAAUGCAACUGGUUACGUGGGAGAAGAUCCAGCCCCAUCAGAUUGACCUGCUAACUUUCUGCAACUUGUCCCAGGGGAGAAGUUAUGCUUCAAGGUACCAACGACAGAUACUGACCAACUGCAGCCAAGGAAUGAGAGGGAGCUUCAUUGGCAUCCCCCACUUAACCUCCUCGGACUCCGGCCUCUACCGCUGCUGCUUCAGGGCCAGCACAGGGGAGGAGGAGGCCUUCGCGAUGAGGCUGACCGUGGCCCACGGUAUUACCAAUACUCGAUAUGUCCUCUUCUUGACUGGAGGGACAGUUUUACUGCUCUUGGUUACCCUAAUUGCCAUCAUCGCUGUCAUUUAUUGUAACAGAAGAAGGAGGAGACAGAAAAGAGCUCUAUUUCAAGCAUCCUGGGAAACACAAAAUAAGAUGGCCACCAACUACAGAAGUCCUACCUCUACCAAUCAACCCCUGGAUGGUACAAGAGAGGAUAUUUAUGUCAACUACCCAGCCUUUCCCCGUAGACCAAAAAUCAAAGUCUGA